AUGCGCGCGGAGGGGGCGCGCGGACCGGACGACGACGACGACGAGACGUCCGCGUCCGCGACGUCGGUCGCGCGCGCGGCGGCCGACGCGGAGAGGGAAGCCGUGGACAUCGUCGCGUGCCUGGCGUCGACCGGGGCGCUGAGAGGCUUCGGCGCCGCGCGGCUGGUGCCCAGACGCGACUACGCGCUGAGCGAGCUGAAGCUCAACGGCAUCGAGGCGGAGAGGCUGCUGUCGCCGACGGAGAGCACGAUAUCGAAUCUGCGCGACGCCGUCUCCAAGGCGCUCGCGCUCGUCGUCGGCGGGUGGAUCUUCGCGGCGCAUCCGAGCGGCUCCACGCUCGCGGCCGCGGCGUCCGUCGCCGCCGGCGCGCUCGUCGUCGACCAGAUCGGGUUCGGCGGCGGCGUCGAGGCGCUGGUGUUGGAUACCCUCGCGCAGACGACGUCUACAGAGUACAAAGCGCGUCUCCGGAUACACGAGGCGGCGCACUUCCUCGUGGCGUACCUCAUGGGGAUCCUCCCGAAAGGGUACACGCUGUCGUCUCUCGACGCGUACGAGAAGUACGGCGCGCUGAACGUCCAGGCUGGGUGCGCGUUCUGCGACGGCGCGUUCCAGAGAGAGGUGGCGCGCGGGAAAAUCGGGAGCGGGAGCUUGGGACGGUUCAGCUGCGUCGCGCUAGCGGGGAUAAGCAUGGAGUACAUCGCUUUCGGGUUCAGCGAGGGCGGGGUGUCCGACGUGCGACAGCUGGACGGGAUGUUACGAGCGCUCGCGUUCACGCAGAAGAAGAGCGACAGCGAAGUGCGGUGGGCGGUGUUGAACACGAUCACGCUGUUGCGGCGGCACGAGGCGUGCGUGCGAAAGUUGAGCGAGAAGAUGGCCGCCGGCGCGUCCGUGGGGGAGUGCGUGCGGCUCAUAGAGGCAAACUUAGGGGACGACAUCUGA